UUUAGCGUAGAAAAGUCGGCUAAUGACUAGUCAAUCCAGAACCGGUGGUCAUUCCACUUCUGGACGCUCAGGUGCGAUAGACGUUUCCAAGUAUCUGGACGUAAGAGUAUACGUCAGGUUGUUAGGAGGAAGACAAGUAUCGGGAAUUUUAAGGGGAUGGGAUCCUCUCGUAAACCUGGUACUGGAUGAAGCAGUUGAACAGCUUCGAGAUCCGGAAGAUCCGUAUAAAACAACGGAUAAAGAGAGAAAGUUAGGACUUGUGGUCAUUAGAGGUACCUCGUUGGUGAGUGUGUAUCCAGUGGAAGGAGCUGAAGAAAUAGUCAAUCCGUUUGAAACGGCUUCCAGUUAACUUUUUCAAUUUCUUUUUUUAUACGUUAAAUAAAACAAUCGCAACUCGAAACUUUCAACAACCCAUAGCUUAUGUACUAUUUAUGUAUCUACUACAAAUUGUUCGAGUAAAGGAUUCACUUAGUUG